AUGGCGUCGUCAACAGCCCAACGCCGUCUCCUCCAGGAGUACCGCGCCCUGACCAACAACCCCCCCGAAGGCAUCACUGCCGGCCCCGUCUCCGAAGACGACCUGCUCUUCUGGGAAGCACUGAUCCAAGGACCAGAGGGCACUCCCUUCGAAGGCGGCGUCUUUCCCGCCGAGCUAAAGUUCCCAAGCGACUAUCCGCUGGCGCCGCCGAGCAUGCGCUUCCUGGGAGAGGUGUGGCAUCCGAAUGUCUACCCCAGCGGCCUCGUUUGCAUCAGCAUCCUUCACCCACCCGGAGACGACCCCAACCACUACGAGCACGCCUCCGAGCGCUGGUCACCCAUCCAGAGCGUCGAGAAGAUCCUGAUCUCCGUCAUGAGCAUGCUCGCUGAGCCGAACGAUGAGAGUCCCGCCAAUGUCGAAGCGGCGAAGAUGUGGAGGGAGCAGAGACCGGAGUACGAAAAGCGAGUUAGGGAUGGCUGCAGACGAAUGCUGGGGCUCUGA